AACAGUUGCAUUAUAACCAUUUUUAAGAAUUAUAAUAGUUUAUCGUCACUUUUAAUUAAAAAUACGCAAUUUUAUUUUAUCGUAUUCAUUUAUUUAGAACUUUUCAUAGUGAAACAUGUUGGGGUCCGGCGAUGGAGGUAAUAUUAUCAAAUUGCGUGGGUUACCAUUCUCCACUACAAUCGAAGAUGUUUUGGAUUUUUUAACUGAUGUCAACGUGUUGAACGGAAAAGAAGGUGUACAUUUAACUGAGGUACGACCUGGCCGUCCAUCCGGUGAGUGUUUUGUUGAAGUGGAGAGCCAACAAGAUGUUGAGGAAGCUUUGAAGAAAGAUAAAGAAAAUAUGGGCAAAAGAUACAUAGAAGUGUUUUCCACUGAUCGUCAAGAUAUGGAAUGGGCACUGAAUGCAAUGAAACAAAGUGAAAAUGGAUUUGAUACACUUCCUGUUGUCAAUGAUGACAUGGGUGUUGUUAAGCUGAGAGGUUUACCCUUUGGCUGCUCAAAAGAUGAAGUUAUCCAGUUUUUUAACGGGAUCCAAGUGGCCCCGGAGGGGGUGCACUUACUAUCGGACAACACGGGGCGGGCCUCGGGCGAGGCGUAUGUUUACUUCAUUGACAAACAGGGUGCUCAAGAUGCCCUCAGCAGGGACAGGGAGAAAAUAGGACACAGGUACAUAGAGGUGUUUCUGAGUUCGCCUGAUGAAGUGAGGGCAUACGCAGCGCGAAUCGAUAUUGGAAUGCGGUCCAGUCGUGGGUACAGACCGACUCCGUAUGAUAGGAACGAGCGAUUUGGUGGGCGCUUUGCUUCGAGGGGGAGAACGUCUUUUGGCAGAGGCGGAAGUGGGGGAUAUGGUGCAGCCAGAGGAGGCUUGAGACGCAGCAGCGGACUCCACUGCGUGCACAUGCGAGGGUUGCCUUUUAAGGCUUCACCGCAGGAUAUCGCUUAUUUCUUUAAACCAAUCCGUCCGGUCAACAUCACGAUACUCUACGACAGCAGCGGGCGGCCUUCGGGCGAAGCUGAUGUGGAAUUUGAAUGUCAUGAUGACGCUAUGAGGGCAAUGAGGCGAGACAAAAACAACAUGGACCACAGAUACAUAGAAUUAUUUCUAAACUCGUCGCCAGGUGGCGGCGGAGGCGCUUUUAAAUCUAACCGGAACUUCCGGAACUAUUGAUUGUCUUUGUUUUACGUCCGGCAGUUAUGCUCCUAAUUUGAAAUAAUAGUGACGUCACAUGAAGGUUUUCACAUCACAUACGAUUUUAAAUUUUUGUGCUGACAUGUCUAUGAUUUCAGAUAGUAAAAUCCUAUUAAAAAUAUAGUUUUAUAAUAGAUUCUAUCAGACUGCUAUAAAUAUUGCUAUUAUUAAAUAAUAAAGGUGAAUAUGAGCGAAUUAAGUCCGGAAUAUAUCUAAAUAAUAUUUGAAUAUAGAACCCGCACGUGAAGUCUAAAAAGUAACUAAAGAUGUGACGUCACUUCCGAUGCAAACGUAUGUUCCAAAUUCAAAAGUUGUCAUUAGUCUUAGCCAACAAUAUUUUGUGACAGGCGGGACCGGCUAAAAUUGUAUGAGAAUGCACACGUCACGUGACCAAUACCAUACAAGUUCGAUUGUCGUCCGUCACGCCUGUCGCAAGAGUGUUUGGCUAAGGCCUUUGAUGACGUCAUUGUUCGAAUUCCAUUCUAAUAUGGAACUCAUUGUAGCAUGAUUUCUAUGUUAAAUUAGUAUUUUUUACUCAAGAAUUAUCUAAAAGUACAUUUGAUUGUAUUUUUAAGUUUUAUAACGGUAAUUGUUAUGUGCAUGUUUAUAUUUACACGAAAUUUCGUUAAUAUUGUCAACGGAACGACCAUUGUACUUAAUGUUGAGACUUUUAUACGAUUUCUCAAAAUUGCACAGAUAAUAUAUAGACCAGACCAUAUAUUAAGUUUUCUAAUAACAUAGUAUUUGCUAUGACUUAAUUAUAAUUAAAAUUCUUCACAGUAUAUUAUAUAACGCCACCAAAGUCUACUAUAGUUAACUCGUUCAUAUCUGGUGGCAGACAAUCGUACUUCGCUCUUGACAAGUAAAGAAAGAGAGAGAGAAAAAAGACGUCAAAUGGAAAUUCGAGGAGGCGAUUUUGGAGAUUCCUCAACUACUCAUCUGUCUCUUUUCAUCAUAGAGUAAAAUCGAUUUGACAGAAAGAGACAAAAGAGUGCAUUUGGAAUGAAGAUUUAAAAUGUUGAAUUAUUUGGAUUUGUUAAGAAAAUUAGUAAAUAUAAUUGCUGCUUACGUAAUGAUUUGAUUAGUUACUUCAGUUUAUUGAUAUUAACUCCUAAUUAACGACUCUAAGUGAAAUGUAAUUCCUGUGUAAAUUUAAAGUCUUUCAAUAGCACUCUUAAUUUUUCGUUUAGUUUCUGUGGAUAUAAUUAAGCAUAAAUAUAUUAUACAGAACAAUUAUAAUAACAUCGAAUAUUCGUGGGAAAGUGUCUGAUUUGUGGAUUUUUUUUACAAAUAUCCCGUUUUAGUAUACUAAUCAAAUAGCCAUAAAG